UUCAACUGUUUAUUGUGUCAGAGAGGGGGAAGCGAGGUCAUCGUUCAAGAAGUUGCGUGAAGUUCUGGUGAAGUCACCAAAUAGCAUCAUAGCAUGCUCAGCUGCUCAGCUGUCGCUCACGUCAGGCUCGCAACAAGCAUAGAGGAGAGAUAUCUCUACACUUAGCAACAAGGGCUCUAGUUCUUGCCCCGUCAAAGAAUAUAUAACAGUAACUUCUUGUUUCCUGCACUGACAGCUCUGGGGUCCACUUAUUGCUCAGGUUAGGGGCCAAAAUAAUCAUGGGUUAUAGGAUAGGGUCGGAGAGUAUGCCAGAGCGUGUGGUGAUGCUCGUUACGCUCGUUACAUGUGUUCCGUGUUAGGAAGGUUCUCACGUGUAAAAGUAUUAAUACCUGUUGACUUUGUGUACAAUAAAUAAAGCUAUAGACUCUAAAGAAGUCCUUACCGAAAUGUGCUGAUAGGUUGUCAUUUGAGCUUCUGAUUUGUAAUACUUACAACAAUGGAUGCAGCUGGAGAAAAUAUGCCUAUGCAUGGACAGUUGGUGGAGAAAGAAGUUGUGGAGCCGGAGGUCUGCAGUGAUGCGAGUAAUCCGCAUGUUUUUCGCAUUGACAGGCAUAAGAUACAAACCGUUAAGCAAGGUCCCGAGGAACUAGAAGCGCUUGGCAUUACCAUUUAUGAUCAAGAUACUUUUGAGAAAGGGAUAUUAGAUCAGGUGGAUGAAGCUAUUGAGAGGCAAAACAAACAGAUUGAAGAUGACACUUCUGAACCACUUGGUGUGGAAAGUGAAAAUGUACCCAAUGUUGAUGCAAUUUUACACAGUGAAAACUCUAAUGAAGAUUCAGGAAAAAAGGAAAAUUUUCAGCAAGGAAUUUCAUCCAAAACAGAAAAUAAUAAAGCAAGAAAAAAUAAUAGUUUGUUGUUCCAUGCCCUCAAGCAUGGAAGCAAGGAGACUGACUAUGAGAGGAAAAUUCGUUUGGGAGAAAUGACACCUUUUGGUAGUGUAGUUGAUAGAAAAGAUAUCAGGCAUGAUGAUUCCCUUUCUCAUUUGAAUGAUUAUUUUGAGAAACAAAUUAAUCUUCAACAUGAAUAUAAGUGCCAAAUAUCCAAACAGAAAGGAAAAAGCAAGAAAACAGAGUUAUUGGCAGUUUCAGAACAGAAAGAAGAAAAAUGUCUUUCGAAAAAGAAAUCACCUCUUAAAAAAAGUAUUCUUUUACCUGCCAAAAGAAGAAAGAAAGAAGAGCUAGGAACAAGGAUUGGUGUACCAGGAGCUGCUCUAGGCUCUCCUGGAAAAUUGCUUUCUGAAAUAACUCCAUUAGAAAAUAGCGAUGAUGAUACCUUUGAUGAUUGUCUUGACAGCGACUAUAAACCUGAUUCAGAAGAAGAUGAAAUGAAACUCAAAAAGAAAAGGGCAAAGCAGAAGUUAAGUCCAGCGAAGAUGAGAAAAACCAAAGGAAAGUUGCAAGCACCUCCAGAAGACUGGGGAACAGAUGAUAGUGACUGGGAAUCAUCUGACGAUGAAACACAGAUCAGGCGAAGAAAAUCAAGUAAAAAGGAAAUUGAUGACGGCAACUUUAAAGAUUAUGAGUACCGCUUGAAGUGCUGGGAGAUAUCCAAAGAGAAUGAUACAUUAGGGGAUCAUUGCCUUAGUGGAGGAUAUAAACUUCCCAAAUCAUUCCAGAAAGUUGGAGUGCAGUGGCUGUGGGAGCUUCAUCAACAAGGUUGUGGUGGUAUUCUUGGUGAUGAAAUGGGACUAGGAAAAACUGUGCAGAUUAUUUCAUUUUUAGCUGGUCUUUCACAUAGUCGUUUAAUGUCAAGACAUAAAGGGUUUCGAGGUCUGGGACCUACUCUUAUAGUAUGCCCUACUACAGUAUUACAUCAAUGGGUCAGUGAGUUUCAUACCUGGUGGCCACCAUUUCGCGUUGCCAUUUUACAUGAAUCAGGAUCAUUUUCUGGUAAGAAGGAUCUUCUUAUUCAACAAAUAUCGUCCAAAGGUGGUAUUUUAAUUACUUCUUUUACUGGGGCUGUCCAGCAUUGCUCACAACUCACUACAAAAAAUUGGCAUUAUGUAAUUCUGGAUGAAGGACACAAAAUUCGAAACCCUGAUGCUCAGGUAACUUUAGCAGUAAAACAGUUCCGAACUCCACAUCGGAUCAUCCUCUCUGGGUCUCCAAUGCAGAAUAAUCUUAGGGAACUAUGGUCUCUUUUUGAUUUUGUGUUUCCUGGCAAGUUAGGGACAUUGCCAGUAUUUAUAGCACAGUUUGCUGUUCCAAUCACUCAAGGAGGAUACAGUAAUGCAUCAGAAGUGCAGGUUGCUACUGCCUUCAAAUGUGCAACAGUAUUGAGAGACACUAUUUCUCCGUACUUACUUCGCCGAAUAAAAAGUGAUGUUAAAACGCACAUUCAGUUGCCAGCUAAGAACGAGCAAGUGCUGUUCUGCAAACUGACUGAAGAGCAAAGGGAUUUAUACAGGACAUAUCUGGACUCUGGAGAAGAGAAAGAAGAAGAUCUUCCAGAGGAACAAAGAUAUGGAUAUUGGAAAAAAUCAGGAAAAAUGAUUGUGGUGGAAUCAUUGUUAAAAAUCUGGAAGAAACAAGGCCACAAAGUCCUAUUGUUCACCCAAAGUCGACAGAUGCUUUGUGUUCUUGAAGCAUUUGUCCAGAAAGAAGGUUACUCUUAUUUGAAAUUGGAUGGUGGGACUUCUGUAGCUGCGAGACAACCUCUAAUCAAUAAAUUCAAUCAGGACCCAUCAUAUUUUGUAUUUCUAUUGACAACAAGAGUGGGAGGUUUGGGAGUUAACCUUACAGGAGCUAAUCGUGUGCUCAUCUUCGAUCCUGAUUGGAAUCCUGCCACUGAUACUCAAGCUCGUGAGCGUGCAUGGCGCAUUGGCCAGCAAAACCAGAUUUAUCAUCGGCAAAUUUUUAAGCAAUUUCUGACAAAUAAAGUACUUUCAGACCCUAAACAGAGAAGAUUUUUCAAGUCAAAUGAUCUUUUUGAAUUGUUCACUUUGAAAGAAGGGGAUCAAGAAGGCAGCACAGAAACUUCAGCAAUAUUUGCUGGCACAGGAUCCGAGGUGAAAUUAAAGAAGCUGAAAGAAAAAAUCAAAGAAAAGAAAAGGAAAGAAAUUCAUGUAAGAAUGAAAAUAGAUGCUGCAAAAGUUCACAACCCAUCCCAGGAUUCAAUUAAAUUUUCCAAGGCACAAAUAGAAAGAAUGAAAAAACUGAGUAAAAAAAUUGCCCAGGGAAUAAGUAAAACAAAAGCCAGUGAGAAAGAAAUGAACAGUUCUGGGCAAGAGUUUAAGAAAUUAAGUACUGUAGAGAAUGGCAGCAAAACAAUUUUCAAAACUAAUAUUAAUUCUGAGGUUGCAACUGUAACUUCUAGAGAUCUAGAAGUAACUAAAGCUGCUCAUGAUGUUGUGGAGUAUUUACUUACUGAAGUUGUUAAAAACAUUCAGUGCUCUGACGAGAAUGGAGGUAGACAAUCUGACCAAAGUAUUAUCGGUGAAGAUAGCUUAAGUUUGAUUCCUGAAGAUUCUUUAAAAUCAUGUGGAACUAGUAAUACAUUUCAGCUUUUGAAAAAUCCAAUAAAUUUUACUGAUCACAAGAAAGAGAAACUUGAAACCAAUAAUUCAGAUCAUAGCCGUAAGAAGAAACACAAACAUAAAAAAUCUAAAAAAAGAAAGGAAGUAUACUUUGAGGGGGAAGAAGUACCUCAUCUUGUUGGAAUGGAACAAUCUAAGCAGUCAACUGAGAAGGAUGUGAAUGAAAUACAUGCAGCACAGGAUGAUUAUGUUCUUCAGAAAUUAUUUAAGAAAUCGGGCUUGCAGACUGUGUUAAAACAUGACAAAAUCAUGGAAGGAGGCCCUGCAGAUCAUGCUUUGGUAGAAGGAGAAGCCCGUCGUGUGGCAAAAGAAGCCCUUCAAGCUUUGAGACGAUCACGACAGCAAUGUUUUGCUGCGGAGACGGGAAGGCCCUCAUGGACUGGUCAAAGUGGAGUAUUGAGAUUGCCUGGCAGGCCAAGAUUUUCACAGAAGAAAUGCAAGCCAGGUUCACAGAUUGAAAACAAUGAUCACCAGAAACCAAUGUCUUCAAGUGAUCUUCUGGCUCGGAUGCGUCAAAGGCGAGUGUUGGCAGAAAGCACAUCUAACAAUGAGGAAGAGCAGGAAGAAAUUGCUGUUGUAACUGCUGAAGUACCAGAACCUUCCACUCCAUCCCUUAUAUUAUCAAACCCAGUAGAUUCUGAAGCCAAUGUCGAUCUUCUGAGAGAUAUUCGUAAUUUCGUUGCAUUUGGGGCAAUAACUGAUGGACGUGCUAGUACUAAUGAAAUAAUUGAAAAAUUUAGAGAUCGGCUUCCGCCUUCUUCAACACCAAUAUUUAAGUUUUUAUUAGAAGAAAUAUGUGAUUUUUUUAGAAUGCCUAGUGGGGAAGGGAUGUGGAAAUUACGUCCUGAAUUUCAGUGGUAAAAUAUUAUUUAUAUUGUAUAUAUUGUACAAAAAAAACAACAACAGUUUGUAAAAGAUAUGCUAAUAAUCCUGGACAAAACACUUCAUAUGCAUUUUAGUUUAGUUGCAUUCUUGCAACAAAACUUAAUUUAUUUUAUGCAUUUUAUAAAUCCUCUGGUUUGCAACUUUACAAAGUAGGGUUUAUUUACAACUUGUCAGUAUUGCCCAUACGGGUUUACAUUUUUUUGUAUAUACAUUAUUACUGUUGGUAUUUUGUGUGUUUUGUAUUUGUAAGUUUGCUGUGGUUGUAAGUCCUAUGGGACUUGUUGAAAAUUCUCUUUGAAAUAAUAAAAGUGGUGUUAGGGUUUCUGUUCAUCUAUGAAAUGUGUGCUCCUGAAAUGCUUCCAUGAAAAUAUCAAGAGGAGUCUUACUUCAGUUCAUUGGAUAAAGAAUACAGUUUGGAGUUUUAGAGAUCGUAAUUGGAUAUUACAUCAAAUUGAACAAUUUCAAUAUGGAAAAACGUUAGAAACAACUCAUUUUCUUUCUGUUGCAUGUUCAUAUGCUGUUCAUGAACUCUCCAAAUGAGUUCAGAAUUUUGAUGAGAUUGUGAAACUUUUAAGAAGUAAAUCAUCUUUGUUUUUUCAAAGAAAUUCCAAAGAAAGUCAGGUACACAUUGAAUUAUUUUUCUAGUCAUUAUGUAUAUUUGUAUAUGAUUCUUACCAAUUUUCUGAUUUAAAGUACUAAUAAAUCAGUUAAGAGAUAUUCCAGUCGGAGUAUCAAAGUAUCCAGUCAUAAAGGGAUUGGGGUUAUAUUUUCUGUUUGCAGGUUCAAAUAUUCUGUUUAGUUAUAUAGUUCAAAUAUAUAAUUUUAUUUUAUUUUAUCCUAGAUCUCUUUUUGAAAGUCGACCUUGUGCAUCCAGCCUUUGUUAUUUGUCAGUAAAUUUUCCAUUUUAUAUUGUGUGGGAAUUUAUAGAAGUAUUUAGUAUUUGCAUUAUGCAUAUAACACUUUAAACAUUUUCUGAAUUUUUUGUUAUAUUCUUCCGCUGUUUUGCUGGCCAAUACUGCAUUGAGGAAAAAAUGGUGCAUUUAAUUUUUAUAUUCAAUAUUUCAUGCCUACCUUUGUGAAAGAUGGCUGAAGAAAGUUGUUUAUUAUUAUGAUUAUUAUUGAACUUAAUAAGUGUUAAGAGAAAAAUGUAUUUCUGAAUCUGUUGGAAAAACAAAAUAUUGUGAUGUCCAUAUAUUUGAGAUAUUUAUUAGACACCAAUGCUGAAUAGACCUGGAAAGAGUAAGAGGGCCUAAAAAUAAUAUAAUAAAUAAUGCCGAAAAGUACAUUCAUAAAUAUGUUUUAUCAUCAUUUAUGACUGUGUUUUAAUGUGAUAUUGUACUGAAGUGUAUCAACAAAUUGUCACUUGUCCAUAUUGCACCAAAUAUGUAACAUUUUAUAUGUUUCUUAAUAAAGAAGAUAUGUUGAACAUAUAUCUAUUUUAUU